GUACCACGGACGAGGCACCACGGGCCCUGGACAGGGAAGAGUAUCCCGCUUGUACAAACCCCCGGACUGACCUUGACCGGCCCCCCUUUGAUUGUACUUUCUACUUCUUUCCGGUUUCGAUUCGGGCAAAUCCUGUUUCAUCAUGCUCCCGACGUGCGCAGACAUGCCAUCAGUUUGGCUCUGUAGAGCCUGCACGUUAUUACCCAAUCAUCUCGGAGAACGGACAUUUUCAACCAUUUGAUUCACUGGCUCCUAAUACCCCGAGCAAGCUGAUUGCAU